AAAGUACAUUAUCUCUGUACUGGCCUGGUGGCCCAAGAACAACUUUUCUAACAUGGAUUCCAUGAGGAGUAUGACUUUGUAACAGAGCGGUACACGGGGCAGUUACAAAACGGCAGAAUUUGUUAGCUAAGUAGCUCACGACAUGACUGGCUAGCUAGAUGUUAGAAGAAAGCAUUCUGCUUUAAGCUAGCUAAACGGUUACAAAAAUGCCAUCCGGGUUUGUUAAAGAUACUGUUUAACGUUGGCUAGCACUGUUACCUAGCGAACGUUACGUUUACUAACCAGCUAAUUAGAUAAGAUUUCUUUAGUUUUAUUCUCGGCAGUUUGUCAUAAGCGAAAGGUAUCUAGCUACGGAAAUGUCCUGGUAUUGACAAUGAGUUUUUAUGAGUAGUCGUUAGUACUGGCCAUUUGGGGGUUUUUUUAUCGAAACGAUAAAUGUAUGUACAAAGAUCUUAUACUGCCAUGUGUAAUCGCGUGGAGCUACUUCUGUUAGAUGAGGUGGGUUGCUAGUUACCUACCCACAAUUUAGUUAUUUUUGUCUCGGUGUUUAUUUCUUAAUUACUAGCUUGAAAUUCAGUAAUUAGUCUUCAACUAAUGUUAGUUGACUGUCGUGGGCUUUACUCUGUCUGAUUAAGUAUUAUCGGUACGGUUACUCUUGCAUUGCAUGCAGAUAUUUGCGAACGUUAGGCAACUAGCUAAACUUUCCUCGAUGACAGCUGAGUAGCUAAGACUAACGUUACAUACUUUUAUAGGUGCUUCCAAUUCUAUUGGCUAGUUAAGAAUACCCAGACGUCUUUAAGACUGCGUUUGUGGUCUGAACACCUGGGGAUCAUGAGGGAAAUUCUAAUGAGAUUCAAUCAGGAGCCAAAAAACGAAAGAUACCGUAAAACACACCCCUGGUAAAGUUGACAUCAGAGCGAAAAAACGCGGUAGAUAACUCCCUAGCUAAGCUUUGUCCAGAUAGGUAGUUAGCUUGCAAGAGAGCGUGUCGCUGUAAAAGUGCAUCUUAUUUUUAGAUUUUAAAAUGCUGCUGUCCCUGGUCGUACACACAUACUCGUUGCGGUACUGGCUUCCAGCCGCUGUAAUGUUGGGCACAGCACCGGCAUACGUGCUGUCUUGGAGUGCUUGGAGACUGCUGUCUACGAUACUACCGCGCAGGCCGUUCCACGUAAUGGAUGACCUUUUCUAUGCGAUUUAUCAGAGCAUGGUCCUCUUCUUCUUUGAGAAUUACACAGGCGUUGAGGUCCUCAUUUAUGGAGAUAUACCAAAGAAUAAAGAGAAUGUGGUUUACCUUUCCAACCACCAAUGCACAGUGGACUGGAUCAUUGCUGACAUGUUAGCCAUCAGGCAGAAUGCAAUUGGUCAUGUACGAUACGUCUUAAAAGAUGGAUUGAAGUGGCUCCCUCUGUACGGAUGGUACUUUUCUCAGCAUGGAGGUGUCUAUGUCAAGCGCAGUGCCAACUUUGAGGAAAAAGCCAUGAAAUGCAAACUGCUCUCUCAGACAAAAUGUGGAGCACCGAUGUAUCUAGUCAUUUUCCCUGAAGGAACUCGAUACAAUCCAGAUCUUCCCAAAGUGAUUCGUGACAGCCAAGCUUUUGCCAAGAAAGAAGGACUUGCAGUUUUGAAACACAAUCUCACUCCAAGAAUGAAAGCUUCUCAUAUAGCCAUCAGUACAAUGAAGGACCACCUGGAUUCUGUUUAUGACAUCACUGUGGCGUAUGAGGGUACUCUGAAUACUAAAGGGGAACGACGUUCUGCUCCCUCAAUGCCAGAAUUCCUGUGUAAGGAAUGUCCAAGGGUCCACAUCCACUUUGAGCGUGUGGAUCUGAAGGAGAUCCCCAAAGAAGCUGUGUUCUUCCGCAGAUGGCUGCAUGAAAGAUUUGAAAUCAAGGACAAGUUGCUGACCAGUUUUUAUGAGUCAGAAGUGCCUGAACAGAGAUGCAAAUUCCCUGGAGAAGGUCAAAGGUCACCACUGAGCCUCAAGAAGACAUUACCAUCACUGUUGUUUUUGGGUGGCCUCACUUUACCGAUGCUGUUCACAGAUACUGGCAGGAAACUCUACCUAAAAACUUGGAUUUAUGGGACCUUGGUGGGGUGGUUGUGGGUGAAUAUUAGUCCCUAAGGAACAGGUACACUCCUGUUAUGCCAUUAUGCGUAUCAGUCUUUUCCUCUUCAUCUUAGCUGAACAAUUUUUUUUUUUUUAAUGAAGCCUUCAGUUCAAUUCUGAAAAUUUGGGUCUCUGAAUACGAUUUUCCUGAACAGUCUGUCAUUAUAAGAAGCUUUUAACUCAUGAUCGGUUUCAAUCCAAGUAAAACUGAGCCAUUUGGAUGAAGUUGUAGUAUAUACAACUGAACCAAAUCUUACAUAUUUGAAGCCUUCUUGUGAGUUGUCUUAAAACAUUUUCUCUCCUGAAGAAACUGGUUAAACUGGCUUACUGAUGAAAAUUGAAAAGCUUACUUGAGAUAAUUAACCAGUCCAGCCAAGAGGAAGGGUGUUUAAGGCAAAACAGAAAUCUGUCUUUCAUUAAUCCGCCAUUUUCAGCGUCCACAUUACAAUAACCAUGAUGUACUGGCAAACUGGUAAUGUGUCAAAAAGAACCAUAAAACCAGCUGUCUUUCAACAGGGUUCUGGGUUAUGACUGGGGUUUAUAUACUGUGUUUACCUAAAUCUGAAGUAUUAUCUUCAUUGCAUUUAUUUGGUGUGCCUCCAUUUGUAUUUGCGCUUCAGAGGUUUGUAUGCUUGCAAAAUAUGCCCAUGAUUUUUUUGCUAGAAAUAAUGGCAAAACCGAGAAGGUUAAAUAAAAUUUACACCACUGUACCUACUUUUUUUUUUUUAGAAGCAUUCCUUCCUUUCUCUGCAAAUAGUGUUUUGUACAUGAAUACCAACUUGAGAAAAUGUGAACUGAUCAAAUAGACUAGUCCUCUGUUUGGGGGAAAAUACCUUUAUUUGCAUCAGUGAUUUUGGUCAAAGAAUCAAGUACACAGAAAGUAUAUGUACCAGCUUUUGCAAAUAACAGUACACCGCUUGUGGGAAAUGGCUAUGUACAGACAAUGCCAAUAUAAGUAUAUUUUACUUAAGUUUUACUUGGAGUAAUAUGCAUCAGUAUACCAUUUGUAUUAUUAUUUUGUACAACUACCUACUUUUAUGAUUUCAGAACAAAAUGUUACUAUAUAUAGUCAAACCUUUAAAUGAUUUUAAUUCAGUUCAGCUCAAUUCGAGUUAUUCCUCUUUUCCUUCCAUAUCUUAUUUUUACAGAACGUAAAAGAUACAUAAAGUAAAUUUGUUCAAUUUGAAUUCAGCACCAAGUUGUUUGUGAUUGCCUGAUUGGUCAAAAAAAGUAGUUGAACUAUCAUCAGUGAUAGACAAUUUCAAGUACUGUUUACUCCUUGAAAUAUGUGCCUUCUACUGUACCUUCUAGGGUUUGGUGUUUAUACCACUGAGUACUGUCACAGUUUAAGCCAUGUUGUUUGUAAUGUAUGCUGAGAUUAUCACAAGUGGACGGCAGGUGAAUUAUUCAUCAGUUGAGGUAAACCAAGUCUAGAUUAUCAUUUUAUUAAUUCAUUAACAUAAUUAUGUUAAGUCCCAAAACCGAUCAGAAAUCGAUGGCUUAGUAUUUAUGUAAACUGUUGCAGGUUAGAUAUUGAAUGGAUUUUAAAUACUUUCCCCAUUGUCUAGUUUAUGUGCUAGAUGAGGUAAUGAUUAAGAAAAUGUAUAAUUUCACUUAAGAAUAUUGACAAAUCGUUAGACUCAUGUUUCCACUGUUAGUAUUUGCUCAGCCAUGCCAGGUUUGUGUAGCUUUGUCUUGAGGUCGCAACCACCUGUUCCAUUAAAUGUUAUUUUUACAGAUUCAUAAAACUUGCACUGAUCUGAAAAAUAUGUUAAUUAUGCUCAGUAUUUUGAAAUAACACCAAAUAACACAAAGUUCAGUUGAACCUAGGGUGUAAUUUAAAGGUUCUCUCCAACUGCAGCAUCAUGUGAAUAUAUUUUAUUUGUUACUGGGUCAUUGAUCAAUAUUUCUGAAUUAUUAGAGUGAUUGGUCCUGGAAAAUGAGUCUUCAGUCUACCAGCAAACAAUGUGUUAACUCCAAGUGUGUAUCUAAUAAAGUGAGUAAUACAACACAAUUAGGAAAUUUAAAUGUUUUAUUGUUUCUAUUCUAUUCUACCAAAAUAUAUAUUUGUUCUUUUGCCUUGGUUUAUGCAUAUGAAUGAUUAUGUUACAGCAGCUUUGUGCAGGAUAUGUAGAAAUAUUACUGGGCAUGAUUUUGCUUUUCAAUAAUUCCUUUUGUGACAUGACUUUUUGAUACCAAAAUGUUGAAUGUUACCGAAACAUCCAUCCUGGUUUCGUUUGAAUGAUUUAGUUAUUCUGUUAAAAACCUUGACUUCUCAUUUAAGUUGAAUGCAUUUUUUAGAAGUGAUAAUUAGGCCAGUUUGCAUGCAUUUUCCUUCUAUAAUGUAACCAUACUGUUUGCAAAUACCAGAAUUCUACCUCUGCACACAUUUUGGUUCAAGAUUUUGUUCCAAAAUGUCUACAGAUAACUGAAUUAAUAUUGAAAUGGUUUCUUGUGCUUCAUAAUAUGUUUCUGUUUUUACCACAGCAUGUUAAAUAAAAAUAUAUUUUAUAAA